AGAUAGCCCACAGCCUCUCCCCCGAAGUCCUCCGCUUUGCGGACCUCCAGCUCCGGGGGAAAAGGUGAUGGUCUUCUGGGAUGAGACGAGGCUUGUUCUCGUUGACUAGAUGACCUGAGGCGAGAGUAAACCGACGUAAGAGUGGUAUCACGGCUUCUUGACUGUAAGCCCUUGGGCUAGUAGUUAGAAGACCGAAUUACGGGCCCCUGUGGGGACUCCUGCCGUGCGAGGAAUGUGCUGGCAAUGGAGUAGUAUGUGGGGCCGACAGCUAGUUUACAGCAGCCUGAGAUUUGGUCUCACCGUCUAUUUACUUGUGGAGCUGAACAAACAACAGGGUCCAGGUUGGCUAUAGAGAAUUGUUACUCUUACUCCUAUCUUUCGUUAUUUGUACGUUUGACCUAGCACUGCCUUAAGGUUUGAUCGCGGUCAAGUUGCUCCCAUGAUCAUGAUCCCUACGCAGUUGCGUGUGGCCGUCGUGCAGUUUGCUCCAAAGCUCGGCCAAGUCCAAGCCAAUAUAGCCAAGGCUCGAGAAUUAUGCAAUGGGUUGAAGCCCCGAUCCAUUGAUCUCCUGUGUUUUCCAGAGAUGAUUUUUUCCGGCUAUGUCUUUCAGGACACAGCUGCUAUCACACCGUAUCUUGAACACCCACACACAGGGCCGACAUCCACUUUUUGUGCGGAGCUGGCACGCUCCCUUGAAUGUUGUGUGGUCGCUGGGUAUCCUGAGAAGCUCGAUCCACGUGAACAUGCCCCUCCACUCGGUGGCGAUAGUUUAUCGUUUCAUCAGCCCCGCAUCGGUGCAAACAGUGCAGUCAUGUAUGGACCUACAGGAGAGCGCAUCGGAGCAUAUCGCAAGACCAACCUCUACAAACUCGAUCUUCCUUGGGCUGUUCCUGGAUCUGGGUUCACGACAAUGACCCUGCCGCAUCCACUGGGCCCAACUACGCUUGCGAUUUGCAAUGACUUGAAUGUGCAGGACCCUGCUGUGUGGGAGUCGCUCGAAGAAGGACCGUAUGAACUAGCUCGACACUGCAUGAGAUCGGGCACGCGGCUUUUGAUACUUCUAAAUGCAUGGUUGCAUCCCGACGAAGAUGGAGAAGAAUCAGAUGCUGAUUCUGCUAAUGACACGACUCCGGAAGAGAAUGACGACGCAGAUGAGAUGGAGCCGAGUUGGGAAGUCAUAAACUACUGGGCUAUGCGUUUGAACCCAUUAUGGACGACCAUCCAGGACCAGAAGGCGACACAUGAAAAUGACAAGGAUUUGAAACAGGGAAUCCCCAACGAACUACUCGUGGUCGUUUGUAACCGAUCUGGGAACGAAGGUGGUGAGUUUUGCAAGAAGCUUGUAUCUCCAUCUUGGGUAAAUUGGUUUUGUUCAGGGAACAGAUUUGCAGGAUCGUCUGCGCUCAUGUCCCUUCGCAGAGGAUCCGGCCGACCGCGACUCUUGCAUAUGAUGGGUCAAAGAGAAGAAGGUGUUGGUCUCUGGACUGCGAACAUGGCAGUACAGUAG